AUGCUUCCUCGAUUAGCUUCACAACGAGUUUUGGCGGUUUGCCUAUUACUUUGCACUAUUCUUUUAUUGACGCGAAUCGCUUUUUUCACGCCGGAAACAAAUGCCGAUCGGAUACGGAGUGUUUCUCACGGAAAUCAACCAUUUGUUCAUCCGAAAUCUCUAAACGAAUUGGAAAAAGCUGCAUCGAUGGAACAAAAGCUGGAUGUGACCAUUUGUGAGUUCGAUCCGGAAUGCAAAUCACCUGAACUGGUGGUCAAACUUGGCACUGAGACACAUCACUCCUCACCGUUUGGAUGUUUAAAUGAUAUCAAAAUUUUCGAAGCAAAAGAUCUCAAGAAAGGACUGAAUGUCGUUGUUUUGAGUGAGGAGUUGAUGGUGGAAAAGUUGAUGACGUUUGACGUCGAAAAGACUGACGAGAAGUUGAUCAGUUGGCUUCAGGAUUUUCGAGAACAUCGAGCUAUUCUGGUUGUCUCGUUGGGUGAUGUGGCCGAACAUAUCUCUCCAGAUGCACGAAAAUUACUGAGUUUAUUUGGCGCAAAGAAAAUUCAUGAUUGGCGUCACGGUGACGCCUAUGCACUUUUGGGUCAAUGGGGUCUCGUUGAAGGGAAUGCUCUGGAAAUGACAUCCCCGCUUUCGGAAGAGAUCUCUCCAGCAUCGAUGCUCAACGAUUGUUACGGAUUUCCGUUAGGCGAUCUCCGCAAUGUCUCUUAUCUACAAAAUGGAGGAGUUGUUAGAGUCGAUGAGUCGAUUUUGGCCGAUUUCUUGGAGCCCGUUCGAAGUGAUGUGAGAUUGGGCGAGUUUUGGGAGAAUUGCGGCAGAGAUCAACCAUGCGGGAGUGAAGAGAUGCCGAUGCACUUCUACUCGGGCCAGAACAAGGAUGACACGCCGAAGAUGUGUGUGGCUGAAAAAUACGUGUUUUCGAAAGAUCUAAACGCUGGUGGUCGAGGGUUGAAUGUGGCGGUGAUCGAUCCGAAGAGUCGAGCUGUCGUCCGUGUUGGCCAUUUUGACACGUAUGAACAAGAAAGCAGUGGCCUUGAGCGCUUUUUGGAUCUCGUUGAGCCUGGCCAAAUCGUGGCCGCUGUGAGCUUCGAUGAAGCGUCCACAAUGUUAUCCGAAAUGGCGAAAAGGAUUCUUUACGAGUUGGGCUCUUCAAUGAUCGAUCGGAUCAAAUUUCGGGCCGCUUGGUACUUUGUCGGCCAAAAGGGCAUCAACGCGUACACACCGUUUGAGGAUCUCAACUACCCGACGGGGAACAAUUGGGCGACGCCGAUCAAAACGUGGAUUUGUGUGCCGAUUUCGUUAUCCGGCCACAAGGACUCAAUGAUGCGCGUCGUUCGGCAAAACAUUCCGAAGCGACAUUUUUGCGCGAAAUACGAUGGACACGAUGGCUUUUGCAAUGACAAAGUUGUUGAUACUCCGAUCACUCCACGACCAUUGCUGAAAACCGAGCGACACACGGAUCCAAUUUUCAACGUCCCCAUCAUUAUUGCUACGGGCAUCGAUUUCAACUCUUUACGUGUCACUUUGGAGUCGGUGAUGGCCCAACCGGGGAUCAACACACAGAUGCUCCUUGUCGCACACAACUCUCAAUAUAAAGAAGCGGCUGAUUUGGCGACUCUUUUCCACGCGAAACCGCUCUCAUUAAACGCAAGCAGCGAUUAUAAUGAAAUCGUUCGAAUGUCUGUUGAGGCAGCUUUUGCUCUUUUCCCUAAAGCAACCGAAGUGAUCGUCAUCGAGGAAGAUACAGUUCUCACGAAUGAUUUCCUUUCAUCUGUCUCUCAACUAUUGCCGAUUUUUCGAGCCGAUCAAAAGAUCGCAAUUAUACAGGGAUUCAACUACAAUGGUUUCCUCCGUCUCUCCCAUGAUCCUCAUUUAAUCUAUCGAGUCGAGAAUCACUCACCCGCUUACGCAUAUUUGAUGAAGAGAGACGCCUACACGAGGGGGAUUCGAUGGAAUCCCGAUUGUUGUCACCGACUCCAUCAUUGGUCGAUGAAAGAUUGGGAAGCGCUAGUUUUUGAUCUUUCUCGUUCGUCAAUCACAAAUCCCGACUCGAAUGUCGGCGCUACCGAUUUGCCGGUGAAAAAAGCGGAGAGAAGAGCAAGCGAUUCUGAAUACGAGCUAGAUCUAAAACCGAUCUCGACACAGGAAAACUAUCAAGCAUCUAUCUUUGAAAGAAUGCGAAAUUCGACGGUUUUUGGAGCAAAUCAAACAUCUUUGUGGAGUUCUUGUAAGGAAGGCGGAUUUUCGACGUUGAUCGACAAUUUGUUUGCGGGAAUGGAUCAGAGCGAUUUCGUCAUUGAAUACACGACAAACGAGGAGCUCGGCCACUUAUUGGAUUGUUUUAACGCCGUUCACUUCCCCGAUUUUGUUCCCGGAAAGUUUCGAAAGUUUACAAGAUUUUUCAUCGACGACAUUCAUGUGAUACUCAGACGUGUU